AUGCUGACGGUAAAAACGAAAGAAAAGACCGGUCUUUACCUUCAAGUGAAUCGUUAUUGGACGAGGCUGUCCGGGCAAAGUAAGCUCCGGGUUUCGAUGCCUGUUACUCGGCGUUUUCGUCCGCGUUUCCUCGGCCUGUGUUCGGAUGACAGCCUGUGCUCAUUCUCCAUCCGCAACAACAGCAGCCAUCUUGAUCUGAACAACAACCGAGCGACACCGCCGACGGAACCACCCACCCACAGCCCGCCGCUGCGUCAAGUCUGCCAAGACGAGGGGGCAACUUCCGCUAAUGCUGCCAAAAUAAAAGCAUGUACUGUGACCUUUAGGUUAAAGAGCCCAACUUUUGCAGGAAAACGCAUUUAA